AUGACCAUACGCCAAGCAAAGUACAGCGACCUGCGGGCCAUGGCUGAGACCGCAGCCGCCGCCUUCCAUCACGACGAGCUCUUUGGCGAGCUAAUGCAUCCUCGCCGACAAGAGUACCCCCAAGACUUUAUUAACUAUUUCGAACGACGCUUUCUCAAGAAAUGGGGUGACCCAGGCUGUCGCUUUCUCGUCGGACUCGACAAGACAAGUGAUAAGGUGAUUGCCGUUGCGCAAUGGGAGAGGCAAGGCGUCCGGCCAGCAUCUUGGAGCAACAGUCUGAUCGCAGGCCCAUUCAUGCAAAGCGCAUCUUGGCUUUACCUCAGCGCCUUGGACUUCCUGUGGCCGAAUCGGGCAGCGGAUCCCGACAAGAUCAGGAUUCUAGAGGAGACGUAUCCGCUGUUCGCGCAUCAUUGGAUCGAAUCCAGGCGGCAAAACUGGUUCUUGGACGUCCUGGCUACUCAUCCGGACCACCAGGGCCAAGGGCUUGGAAAGAAACUUGUCAUGUGGGGGGUCAACAAGGCCAUGGAGGAAGGUAUUUGUGCGUCGGUUAUUAGCUCGUAUGGUAACGAGGCAUUUUACGGACAGUACGGCUUCAUAGAGGUUGGGAGGGCGAAUAUUGGCCGCCUUGGUGCUUGCGGCAUCAAAGGUGGUGCCAUCAUGUUUUGCGAGGAACAUGUGUCGAGACGAGCAUGCGUUGGACAAAAGUAA